CCAGGGCUGACUGCAGGGUUACCGCGCCCAUCUCUCCGUCUGAUGGCCGGAUGAGAGCUGCACUGGAGAGAAGCGCUCCUUCAAGGAAGGCAACGGGAAGUGGCCACCGACGGACUUAUUCAUUGACCAAAGUCUCCAAUCGGACCUCCAUGACUACCCUUUUCAAUCGCAGCUGAGAUAUCCGCUUCUUCCUCGACGUUCACAGGCUCAUUUCCUGCCAGUCGGAGCGAGUUAUAUCGCUGAAAAAGUGGACUCGAUUGAGAAACGCUCGUCUUGUUCGUUGAUGCGUGGAUUUGACAAGCCACACCAUCGUUUUUUCGGUCAAUGCCAUAUAAACAAAGGCCAUCUACGACUGAGAACAGAUCCGAACGUGUCCCGACAGUAGGAGAGAGGCAGAGCUUUAGAAGAGGAAAAUGAGUGAACUGGACCAGUUACGUCAGGAGGCUGAGCAGCUGAAGAACCAGAUCAGAGAUGCAAGGAAAGCUUGUGCAGAUGCCACACUAUCACAGAUCACAGCCAACAUCGACCCUGUUGGCCGAAUCCAGAUGCGCACAAGGAGAACACUGCGAGGACAUUUGGCUAAAAUCUAUGCCAUGCACUGGGGCACCGAUUCUAGGCUGCUGGUUAGUGCCUCCCAGGAUGGAAAGCUCAUUAUUUGGGACAGUUAUACCACAAAUAAGGUCCAUGCCAUUCCCUUGCGCUCAUCCUGGGUGAUGACCUGUGCCUAUGCACCAUCAGGGAACUAUGUUGCCUGUGGAGGCCUGGACAACAUCUGCUCCAUCUACAGCCUCAAGACUCGUGAGGGCAACGUGCGCGUCAGCCGCGAGCUGGCCGGUCACACAGGAUAUUUGUCUUGCUGUCGCUUCCUUGACGAUAACCAGAUUGUUACAAGUUCUGGCGACACCACCUGUGCUCUCUGGGACAUAGAGACUGGUCAGCAAACGACCACGUUCGCAGGACACACUGGUGAUGUGAUGAGCCUGUCUGUGGCUCCAGACAACAGGCUGUUUGUGUCGGGGGCCUGUGAUGCAUCUGCUAAACUGUGGGACAUCCGUGAAGGCAUGUGCAGACAGAGCUUCACUGGCCACGAGUCAGACAUUAAUGCCAUCUGUUUCUUCCCCAAUGGCAACGCAUUUGCCACCGGCUCUGAUGACGCCACCUGUCGUCUGUUUGACCUGCGCGCCGACCAGGAGCUCAUGGUCUAUUCUCACGACAACAUCAUCUGCGGCAUAACCUCCGUGGCCUUCUCGAAGAGCGGCCGCCUGCUGCUCGCCGGCUACGACGACUUCAACUGCAACGUGUGGGACACCCUCAAGGCCGACCGUGCUGGUGUGCUGGCCGGCCAUGACAACCGAGUAAGCUGUCUGGGUGUAACUGAUGAUGGCAUGGCAGUGGCUACAGGGUCCUGGGACAGCUUCCUCAAGAUCUGGAACUGAAUGCUGAAGGUGCUUUCAAUGCAACAUGUCCGAUACAAUAUCAUUUGAUCUCCAAAGUUGACUGGAAGACCAUUCAAACUUUAGAAUGUUAAAUUUCACAGCAUCGUCAACAACAACAACAACAACAAACACCUUUUAAAACUGACUGACACCACCAUGAAAUGAAAUUGAAACUUCUAAGGGAAUACAAUGCCUUUCCGACACCAAGAAGAGCACAAUUUGUUUUAUCACCCAGCUUAAAGAAAAAGAAAAAAAUAAUUCCUGUGGUAUCAAAUGAGUACGGACCAUUCUGUGUCACCCUGUAAGAAAACACAAAAACACUAUCAUCCCACGCUUAUGUAUCACGUGUCUAGAGAGCAAAUGUUGGAGUGUAAUUGUACAAAUUAUUUAACUCUCUUUAUUUUUUGUUUCUUCAAAUGGUUCUUUUAUCUGAUAGUCCAUCUUAGAUCUUUUCCCACCUCUUUUUUUCCUGUUUAGAUAUGUUUCUGAUUAGAAAAACCUUUUUAAUCCUGUUAUAAAAGCAUGUGAAAACAACGAGUCAUCUAUAAUCCUGAUACGAGACAAUGAUGGAAGAGUAGCUUUUUAUAAAGAUGCCAAUCAUGUGUUUCUUUUUUUUAUUUUGUGCACUAGGUUGCUCUAGAGGUUGUGUAGUUUUCAUAAAGUGAUUUAAGCGAAAAGGAAAAGUACAUGCACCCUCUUGUGAAAUCCGAAUUCAUAUUCUUGGGUGACAAAAGAGCAGCCCCGAGCAGCUUUCAACUCCAAUCUCUUUCUGAUUGUUAACCAUCGCUGGGCUGUUGCCAUUUUUCCGGGUAAUAACAGCCUUCGCUUUCUAAAAUAUUAAUCAUGAUCUGUGCAUUAGGUAACUUUCCUCCGUGUUAAUCAUGGUCCUUUGUCAUUAAAGAAAAAAGAAAAUGCCAUAAAAAUGCCAUAUCUCUAUGAAAUACUUUUCCGAGUCCGAGGUACUUGUCAUUUUAUCUUCGAAUGGCCGUUUGUAAAUAUGGGUAUCCGACUUGCACGCGAAUGCAGCAUUAUAUCCUAGCUAAUGUUUCUUUCCAGUCUCGUCACAGCUUUGUUUGCACAAUAAGAAACUUGACUAACGUUUUAAGCGCUAACUAGCCAAGCACAUGCCGUUAAUCACAUUGAAUGCUAAUUUUAAAUGAGAAAAUGCGCAAAAAAAAAAAAAAGUUAAAAAUAAAAAAAGCACAAAAAAAAAAACAUUUUAA